CUCCUUCUCAAACUCUAAGUCUCCAAGCCAUUUUAUUCAGGGCUAUGGCAUCCUAAAAUAGGUUUAUGUCCUAUAACCAUUUAUGAAAUCUCCAUCCAUUUAAAUCAGACGCUUCCAAGAGCCAGUGCAUUAAGCCUGAUUAUAGUGUGCCAGGCGGAGGAAAUGGGUCUAUGUGUUGAGCUUGUCAGCAAAAGAUUUUUAUCCCUUGGUGCUGUCUGUCUUGUCAGUUGGAAAUAUUGGGAUGAGAGAGAGAGAAAGAAACGAUGCUGUGAGUAAAAGCACUGUGUGGUUCGGUAAGGAAUUUUUUUUAUGCAUGUGCAGGACAAACAUGAAUGUAUGAAAGACUCAUGGAGAGAGGAGCACGAAAAACGAGUGGCUCUUUCAGAAGGGCCUCUAUCAGCCGCAACAGCUCAAAGGGGCUGAAAGCUUGGAUUGAGAGGACAUUUCAGAAAAGAGAAUGCAUUCACAUCAUUCUAUCUAAGGAUUCAAAUCGGUGUGCCUGCGGUCAGCUGGUGACCCAGCAUGAAGCUAUCCAAAAUGAAAACAGGGAGGACCUGCUAGUGCAGGUGAACACCCCUCAAGAGAAAUGGACUGUACUCAAACACACACAGGUUUCCUCUACAGAUGCUUAUGGUACCAUCGAGUUUCAAGGAGGAGGAUUUAUCAAUAAGGCCAUGUACAUCAGAGUAUCUCAUGACACUAAACCAGACAACUUGUUGCACCUAAUGGUAAAAGAAUGGCAUCUAGAACUGCCAACACUUCUCAUAUCUGUUCAUGGAGGCCUACAGAAUUUCGAUCUGCAGCCCAGACUAAAGCAGGUCUUUGGCAAAGGCCUGAUUAAAGCUGCAGUGACUACAGGAGCUUGGAUUUUCACUGCAGGAAUUAACACAGGGGUAAUUCGCCAUGUUGGAGAUGCCUUGAAAGACCAUUGCUCUAAAUCCAGAGGAAAGGUCUGUGCCAUUGGGAUUGCACCAUGGGGAAUCCUGGAGAGCAAAGAGGAUCUAAUUGGAAAAGAUGUGACCAGACCUUACCAGACAAUGUCUAACCCUCUGAGCAAGUUGGCCAUUCUAAACAGCAGCCACUCUCAUUUCAUUCUGUGUGAUAAUGGCACAUGUGGGAAGUAUGGGGCAGAGGUCAAACUGCGUCGACAGCUGGAAAAGCACAUAUCACUACAGAAAAUUAACACCCGUUUAGGUCAGGGUGUGCCACUAGUAUGUCUGAUUGUAGAAGGAGGACCAAACAUGAUCACCGUAGUACUGGAGAGCUUGUGCGAGGAACCUCCUGUGCCUGUAGUGGUGUGUGAUGGCAGUGGCAGAGCCUCAGACAUCCUCUCCUUUGCCCACAAACACUCAGAGAAUGACAGGACAAUAAGUGAUGAUGCCCGAGACCAGCUAAUGGUUAGCAUUCAGAAGACUUUCAACUACAGCAAGAGUCAGUCUCAGCAGAUCUUUCUUUUAAUCAUGGAGUGCAUGAAGAAAAGGGAACUGAUUACAGUUUUUCGAUUAGGUUCAGAGGGGCAGCAAGACAUCGAGAUGGCCAUUCUAACAGCUUUACUGAAAGGCACAAAUGCUUCAGCCUCCGACCAACUGAGUUUGGCCCUUGCUUGGAACCGGGUUGAUAUAGCACGCAACCAAAUUUUUGUCUACGGACACAACCUGCCACCUGCAAGUGCAGUGGCUAGUGCUACAUCCACCGUUAAACCCAAAAGCUCCCCUGCAGCCUCACAGGGCACAGCAAAGGGCAGAGGUAAGAAGAGCAAAGGGGGGAAGGCCAGGGGAGAUGUUCAAGAGGAAAAGGAUCCUAGAAAGCUAGAAUUACUCAACUGGGUAAACUCCUUAGAGCAGGCGAUGAUGGAUGCGCUGGUGCUGGACAGAGUAGAUUUUGUUAAGCUCUUGAUUGAAAAUGGGGUCAAUAUUCAUCAUUUCCUCACCAUCCCACGACUAGAGGAAUUAUAUAACACGAAGCUUGGACCUGUCAACACACUGAAUGCGGUAGUUCGAGAUGUUAAAAAAGGUAACCUUCCACCAGAUUAUCAAAUUACACUUAUUGACAUUGGCCUAGUGAUGGAGUACCUUAUGGGAGGGGCCUAUCGCUGUAACUACACAAGAAAAGGUUUCCGCGCUCUUUACAACAACCUUUAUGGUCUUAAAAGACCAAAAGCUUUAAAACUUCUUGGGAUGGAGGAUGAUGAACCAAAUAAGAAAGGCAAAAAGAAAAAGAAGAAAGAAGAGGAGGUGGACAUUGAUGUUGACGACCCUGAGGUCAGCCGUUUCCAGUACCCAUUCCACGAGCUGAUAGUUUGGGCUGUGCUAACAAGGAGGCAGAAGAUGGCUCUGUUCCUGUGGCAGAGGGGAGAGGAGGCCAUGGCUAAGGCUUUGGUGGCCUGUAAACUUUAUAAAGCCAUGGCCCAUGAAUCUUCUGUCAGCCAGCUUGUGGAUGAUAUAUUUCAAGAUCUAGAUAACAACUCCAAGGAGUUUGGAACUUUGGCUUAUGAGCUUCUGGACCAGGCAUACAAACAUGAUGAACAGGUGGCCAUGAAGCUGCUGACCUAUGAGCUUAAGAACUGGAGUAACUCCACCUGCCUGAAACUAGCAGUGGCUGCCAAACACAGAGACUUCAUUGCACACACAUGCAGCCAGAUGCUCCUUACUGACAUGUGGAUGGGCUGCCUGAGGGUUGGCAAAAAUCCUGGACUCAAGGUGAUUGCAGGCAUUAUCCUUCCUCCUUCAAUUCUGCUCCUCGGUUUCCGUGUGGGUGAUGACACCUACCAAGUCUCUAAUGACAACUCAUGUGCCAAGGACAAGGAAGAUGAGAAUAAAUUUAGGGAUGCCAAUACAGAUACACAUUCCAAGAAAGGCGAUGAAGAAGAUGUCAGUAAGAGGCCGAGACAUGUACCCAUUGGAAAGAAGAUCUAUGAGUUCUACAAUGCACCAUUUACCAAAUUUUGGUUUAAUACAAUCUCGUACCUUGGGUAUCUUAUGCUGUACAAUUACAUUGUCCUGGUAAAGAUGGAACGUUGGCCACUGAUGCAAGAGUGGCUGGUCAUUUCCUACAUAUUGACACUCGGUUUAGAGAAAGUGAGACAGAUUCUGAUGUCAGAGCCUGGUAAGCUCAAGCAAAAGAUAAACGUGUGGUUAGAGGAGUACUGGAACAUUACAGACCUGGUUGCCAUCUCUAUAUUUCUGCUGGGUCUCCUCCUCAGACUACAGCCUGAACCUUAUAUGGGCUAUGGUCGGGUUAUAUACUGUGUGGAUAUUAUCUUCUGGUAUAUUCGUGUGUUAGAUAUUUUUGGAGUCAACAAGUACCUUGGGCCCUAUGUCAUGAUGAUUGGCAAGAUGAUGAUUGACAUGUUGUACUUUGUGGUGAUUAUGUUGGUGGUCCUCAUGAGCUUUGGGGUCGCACGGCAGGCCAUUCUCCACCCAGAUGAAGAGCCCACUUGGCGUUUAGCCCGAAACAUUUUCUACAUGCCCUACUGGAUGAUCUAUGGAGAGGUGUUUGCAGACUCAAUAGACCGUAAGACCAGAAUUGAUAUUUAUGCCAUGGAAAUAAAUCCCCCAUGUGGAGAUAAUAUGUAUGAUGAGGAUGGAAAGAAACUGCCCCCCUGUAUUCCUGGUGCAUGGCUCACACCAGCUAUCAUGGCCUGCUAUUUGCUAGUGGCCAACAUCCUCCUUGUCAACCUGCUUAUUGCUGUCUUCAAUAACACAUUCUUUGAGGUGAAAUCAAUCUCAAACCAGGUGUGGAAGUUCCAGCGGUAUCAGCUGAUCAUGACUUUUCAUGACAGACCGGUGCUUCCUCCUCCUCUCAUCAUCUUCAGCCACAUUUACAUUCUUAUUAGACGAAUCUGCUGCCGUUGUGGCAAGAAAAAAGAGGGAGAACUGGACGAAAAGGACAAAGGACUAAAGCUUAUCCUAACUUUUGAAGAGCUACGGUGCCUGUAUGAAUUUGAGGAGCAGUGUGUGGAGGAAUACUUCAGAGAAAAAGAAGAUGAACAGCAGUCCUCAAAUGAUGAAAGGAUAAGGGUGACAUGUGAAAGGGUUGAAAACAUGUCCAUGCACCUGGAGGAGGUAAAUGAGAGAGAGAACAAUAUGAAGGCUUCUUUGCAGACUGUGGAUCUGAGACUAGCUCAGUUGGAGGACAUCUAUUCGCGCAUGAUGACAGCAUUGGAGAAACUGGCUGGAAUUGACCACAGUGAACUGAAGAGGACACAAUCACGGACAUCAUCUGUUAGUGGCUUUUCCCCUCUUUUCCGCACUGGCAGUGUUAACAGCAAUGAUGGAUACAGCAUUUAUUGCUACCAUAUGGAUGACUGUCCAGCUACUGAGGAGAAGGACAGGGCCAAUUUAAGCCAACUGACUGUGGAAAAUGUGAAGCAGCCUUUGAACACCACUACAUUCAAUCCAAAUGAUUGUGGGCUGAAUUUGGAGGUGGAUGUUCCGGUAGUAAGGAUCUAUCCAAACUCAUGUGGGAACACCUGGAUCCCCUCUUCUGAGACGACAGACAAAUCUGUAGCUCAGGAUGAAACAGCACAUAAAGCGUCAUCAUAUUUGGUCCAACGGUCUAGUAGCACCAGCUUGUAUAGUUCAACUGCAAGAGAAUGUUUAAUACAGAGAGCCAAAGAAGCCAAUUCUCUUCACAAAGGAAUUGCAAGAUCUUCAACUGCACGGCGGUGGAGUGCUGGCUCUGAGUAUGAAGUGCAGCCUAAUGUUUUUGGCCAGCCACCUCCAAACCUCCACAUUAGUAAAACCAUAGAGACAAAUGAAGCAAGUAAAUCUGAGGGUCACCUGAUACCAAGCAUUCCAAAUAUUCUUAGCACAGAGAUGAGAACUCAAGAAGGCCAGAGAGGAAUGAAUAAUAUUAUACAAGAGGACAGAAUAGAGAAUGGCUCAGAGGAAAGUCUAAAUAUGGUGGAUAACAAAGAAGAAAAUGACAGAGACCCAAGAAAUACAGAUGAAAUAUGGGGGAAAGCAGUUCAGGAUGGAAAAAUAAACAUGCAUGAAAAAAUUCCUGACUCUUUUCAUCUUCUGGUACCUGAAGAGAGAAUGUUUCCACCAGGAAGAUCCAAGAGCUGGAACACAAAAUGUCACAAAUCCUUAAGGGAAGGUACAGACAAGCCCCGGGGCUCCAGCAGUGAAAGAAGCCUUUUAUAUGGAAGUUCCCUAGAGAGGUCUGGAGAAGAAUGUGGGAAAGUGUCACAGAAGGAUGAAUAAAAGAAAAAGAUAAAUCUGAUGUCAGGAGAUGACUGCUUAAAAAACAACUUUCUGUAACACAACUUAAAUAUGAAUUCAUCCAUCCAUUUACAUUGCCGUAGUCAAGAGUUUCCCUGGGCGAAAGGUUGAAAGUAGGAAGAAACCCUGGAUAAAAUGGUAUUUCAUACCAAGGAAUCAAGAACUUAGUAUUACAUUAAAACAGUUGCAGUGUCACUGCAAUUGCAGUCUCAUAACCACUUCCCAGAUAAAGAAUAUUUUGUGUUUUGUAGAUCACCCUACAAGUGUGAAUAUGUAAUUAACAAUUUCCAAUGUAGAGUUCUAUAUACUGUAUGUAUACUACAUAAUGUUGUAGCAAUUAGUCUUUGUAUAUUGCAAGGAAAAUUGUAUGAUCUUGCCUUACAUUUGGCUUAACUGUUUUAAUUAUUGUCAACAAUCGUAGAUUUGUUAACAGGCAUGCAAAAUAUUCACUGUUAUAAUUUGUUGUAAACCCAUUGUUAUUGUCCAAUUAAAUUAGUUAAUUUAAGUUAUGGAACUACAUGAUUAAUGUACAAUAGUGCAAACUGUCUGCAUGCAACAUUUUAAGACAUUUUUCUGAACAUGGUGGAGUGCACAAAAGAGAUUGUGUGCUGCUAAUAUUAAAAAGCACAAUAGCACUCUCUAGUGUUUAGUAAGCACAUUACAAAAACAUUCCCGUAGUCGCGUAUUAGGUCAUGAAACAAAACGCACACAUGAACCUUAAGGCUAUGCAAUUUUACUUUGGUUAUGUGGUACAAAAAUGUUUCACAAUUAAUAAAAAUCACACUAGAAAUUAGAGGUUACACGCUGUUCUUUUUUCAAACAAUCAUUUGCCUACCAGAUGAGCAGGCUGUUUAAGAAUCAUUUCCUUUCUGAAAUGAUAGACGGUAGUACAUUGUGAACAAUCACAAAAAACAUUUCAAAUGAAUACACUCAGAAAACAGCUGCAUAUAUGUAUGGUCUCUGAUGACACUGAUCACAAUGGUCCCAUCUGAACAGCAAGGCUGGAAUAAUUAUAAUACAUUUGCUUGGUAAGCAAUUUUAAGGUAAGCGCAAAAGCAUUGACGCUAGUGCAGUAUCUGUGCGAGUAAAAUACUGCCUUGUGUACAGAUAUUUUCAAGGCCUCAACUUUUGGGCUGGAAAGAGGAAACAAAAAUCUUAGCAAGAACUUUUUCUUGCUGACUCAAUCUGUCAGUCUAUUUUUUGCUAUUCUUCUUCUUUCAAAACUUUGGUGCAGCUCACUACACUUUGAUAUUGACUAUUUGAACUCACCCUCAAAUUUCAACUACAAAAGAGCAUUGAAAUGACUGCUACUUAUGACAUGGAACUGGGUACAGAAUACGUAGCUAUUGACAUGAAUUCACCCGAAUACAAACUGACACACAACACAAACAGCAACAAAUAACUGUCUAUUUGAUAAUUGUAUUUUCCUUCAAAAAGAUACUAGUAAUCGAUAUCACAGGUUAUGAUGUGUGUAAACCAAAAGUACUUUGGGCUUUAAACAAACAGCAAUAAGAAUAGGUGGUACUUUGUUAAUAUACAUAGCAGCAAGAAUGCC